GGACCGCGAUCCGUGCACCCGCCGCUCGUCACCCGUCCGGGCGAACGAUGAGCCGGCGACGGAAAAAUUUAAAAAAGAAAACGAACAAAAGAAAUGGAAAAAAAAUCAACGAACGACGCGCGCGACAGUAUUCGCCGGCAGCACCACGGAGACGCCGCCGCCGUUCGAUCGACGACAAACGCUGGCGCGCGCAUGGACCGCGGCGCGCGCACCGCAAGCCGUUUCGGUCGUCGACCGCCGAGCCGCGCGCCGUAUCCGCCGUAGUCAGUCGACGAACGCAGUCCGCACCGGUACCUGAGCCGCAGCGGUCGUACAACAGCUCUCACCCUUCCACCGAAACACGCGGCCGCACAAUGUUCGUCCGCAACACGUUCCGAUACGCGUUACUCGCAGCAAUCAUGGUAUUUGACCAUUUUUUUAUCACUCCAGUUUAUGCCUUACAAUAUGAUGAACAAAAUAAUUCAAUAAAACGUUCUCCCAUUUCUCCAUUUCAAAAACCAAAACGUUUACCGGACGAAAGCUUCAUAGAUCCCGUCUUGAAUGCAGACGACGAAACUCAGAGAUCGAUCCGAAAAAGUGCUGUACCGUUUAACAAAGCUGACACAACAACAACAACUCAACCGAGUAAUAUAGUUGCAUCUCUUUUUCGACUGAAUGAGGAAGAAGGCAAUACGUGUAUUCUACUGAGGGUAGACGCUGUUAUUGAAGUAAAAUUCAAAACCAAAUUGGGUUCCGAAGACCAAACUGAUCUCUAUGUGCCAGACGAUGCAGACGUAAGUGGAGACUGUAGUAAUGAAGAUGACGCAACCUUAAUACUAAAAUGGAAGAAUUUUGUAUUUACUUGGUAUUUUACAAAGACGCUCGGAGGAGAAAGAUGGUUCGUAAAGGCAUUGGAACUCGAGAUCAACACAGCUGAUAAACAUUUCGACCAUAUCAAAACCAAAGACAAAAUCGUACGCCUAUCAACAACGUCCAGUUAUGGUACACUGUUGUUCAUGACGCCUGUCGGACAGUCAUACUCGUGUCAGAAAGAAAUUAGCGUUGUGUUGAGUGAUCAAAACGUGCCUACGAUGAAGGGAUAUGUGCUGCUCAGAGCGUUCACAGUGCAACCGUUCAUAUUCAAAAACAACGAAUUCGGACCAGCUUACCAGUGUUCGUCGAUUGGCGCCGGAGCCAUGCGGAACGAGACUGUGCCGUUCAUAUUCGGCAUCACACUGGCAGCGGUGGCCAUACUCACGGUCGGCGGGUACGCGGUGUUCAGACAUUUCAAAAUCAAGAAAGUCCAGUACGAUACAAUGGAAUAAAUAACUCACGGCAUAGGGGAGUCGUAGACGUGCUAAACUACUGGGUUUCUGUUUUCAUUAUUAUCAUUAUUAUUAAUCGUUUCUCAACCACACUUAUUUGAUCAAUAACGGCAAUAAUCAUCAAGACGAAAUUAUGAUUUUACAUAAAACACAUACAACAUAUUACAUAUAUAUACAUACUCGUACAUAUAUAUACAUAUAU